AUGUCGGGGUAAAACCGGCACUUCCUCGCGCGACCACUGAUGGUGCUUGCUGCACCAUUCGUGGCCGCAGCUGAGAGACAGACAGGGCAUCAGGUGACAGAGCAGCAACAUUGAUAGAUGAGUCUUUUAUGUGAAGCCAAGUGGCACAGUUGCGUUUUGUAAUAUGUGCAAAGAAUAAGGCCAAAUAAUUACAUCAAACCUUUGAAAUUUCAGAAUGCUCUUGAUUCAUUGUGCCCUCUACUGUUUGGGCUUGGCCGCCCUCGUUGGCAGUCCGGCCCUCGGUAUGGAGACCUCGCAUGCCCUGCACCCGGGCGUGCACUUCGUCGAAGUCGACAAGAUCGUCGUGGAUUCAUCGUUCCCUCUCUUGUUCCAAAUCGAGCACCCAAUUACGAUCCAAGCCCCAAAAAUUGUGGCCUUUACUCCUAUCUCUCCAGCGGAAAAAGCACACCAAACUGGAUACGCACUGUUUGCCAAUAUUUCGGCGCUAUCGACCAAGCUCGAUCGCGACCUGAAUUUUGCCAUUCAGUUCGAGUCCCAAACGCUGAGAGAUAGGAGGGGGUUGCAUUGGCUUGGGUCAGUCUUUAAUUGGUGCUGCGAUUUAGCGCUAAUUGAUACCUAUCAGGAUGGUGGUGAGACGCAUGCAAGGUUGAAAUCGCUCAAUGAGGAACUCAAACAAAAUUUCCAAACAAUCAAUGCAAACAAUGAAAAAAUUAACAGAUUUAGCAACUCAGUAACUGACCACGUCAAUCAGUUGACUAACAAAAUGAAUCAACUUGUUGAUUUCGUAAAAACCAAUACGCCAACCUUGUCCUUCGUGUACACCACCUUCAUUGAUUUGUAUCGACUAAUUAUUCAUGCACAAAUCUUUGACCUGAAUACUAUACACUUUGAUUUUUCCAGAUCACUCGAUGAAGUGUGCACUUCAGGGCGCUUGGAUCCGGCGAUCGUGCCUCGAGACACUCUCCGAUCACGGUUGGCCAACUUGUCUGCGACCCUGAGUUCACACGACGUCGUCCUUUCCAUCCCCAUCCUGCACCUCAACCUUUAUUACAGGGAAUCGCUCGUUCAGUGCACCAGACACGCCACUGAAACGACGCUCACGCUGAAAGUGCCACUGACUCGCGCCAAAACUCUCUGGAAAGCAUUUAAAAUCAUUGCGUACCCUUUUGCCUUACAAACCAAAACCUGUAGAGUUGAACUCCCAGAUUUUGUGGCCCAAGGCACACGACCGGGGGAGUUGAACAUGUACCGUGCUAUUUCUUUCCCCACUCCGCGAAUUGCACUUACUACACGCUACGAAAUUGAAGCCCAAGUCAACUCAUGCCUCUUUUCACUUUUUGGGCCCCAAACCACUCUAGCCCUUUUAAAACAAACUUGUCCCCUGAAAUGUGUUGACUCCCAAAAAACGGUGAUCACAAAAUUGGAGAACGACAUUUUCACAAUAACUCACCCCGCGGCGCCGCUCGUUCUCUCUUGUCCAACAGAAAAGCACACCAUCGAAAUUACCAAGGCGACCACUGCCCUUCGAAUCACAGUUCCGUGCCAGUGCACUCUUCAAGCAGGGUCACUCACCCUAAUCCACUCCACCUUUCCCUGCUUCCUUUCGAACACUUCUCUUGAAGUGACUCACCUCAUCCCGCAUCAAUGGAGCAAUAUUCCCGACACGAUUUUCCUCCAUCAGAUCAAUACUGUCGCCAAUAUUACUCCGUUCGUCCAACUUCCAAAUGACCUUAUCUCGAUCAAUUUGCAAAACACCAACCUCACCACCUUCGACUGGUCCGACGUGCACACCAUUUCGGUGCAAACUUUCAGUUACAUCUCGCCUCUCCUGUUGGCCCUUAUCCUGUACAUCCUUUACCGCCACCCAUACCUCCUGUUUGCGCAGAGAACGGCUCAGCCACCCUCACCAGCUCCGGUGACGGAUCUCACUCUCGCUCAACGCGCCCCAACACCUUACUCCUACCCCUAAUUCUAAAUUACCAAAAAUGCAAAUCAAAACAAUUUUUUUUCCAAAAUAGAACAUUUGCCUCCUUAAGGCAAAAAUCAUAGAAAAAAAAAACAAAGGGAAUUAGUAAAUUAGUUUUGGGAGUAGUUCAAUUAAAUUUAAUUCACAAAGGUUCUGUUUCAAUUUAACAAAAACAAAAAAACAAA